AUGCGCGUCCUCGACCCAUGGUAUGCAGUAUGGAGCGACGCCGAGGUGUGUGCUAUGAUACGAGUGUUGCACGAGCAGCAGGCACAGCGAGUAGCCGCUGUUGUGAAGGGAGUCACAACGCUGCCGCGACCGUACGUUCCGCGAGCGUGUGACCAGGAGAUCAUCCCGGUAGCGAACUUUGGCUCCGGCUUGCAGUACUUUUCACCUGCAGCUCAACAGGUCGACCAUUUGCUGCUCUUACAGGAGCGUCUGCGACCGCUUCUCGAGUCUGGUGAUCUGAACGCGUGGCAGCUGCUGUUUAUCUGUAACCACAGACCUGAGCGGUUACCAGUGCUUGAGCGCUGUCUAGAGGCCGGUGCUCGUAUUUUUACGGACCUUGGUCUGGACUCUGUGGACUCGGUGGCUGAGCAAGCACCAAAACCCGUCGUACACGAGAGAACUGCGCAGUUGCUUUUGGAGGCGGUGGCGACAUGCCUGCCACCAGGUACGAACUACGAAGAAAUCGACAACGACGGGAAUUAUCUACCAGUCGAUCCAUCUCUAUCACAACCGUUUCCGUAUGCCUGGCAGCUGGGCGAACGACGCACCCAGCUCGAUGCGGAAAUGGAGCAGUUUGAGCGAGUCAAAGCGCGACGACGCGGUGAUGCUGGAGCCAGCGAGCGACCAUCGACCACGAGUGUCGACCCGCUGUCAGCAUCGAUGCAACAGGCUCGACUGUACGCCCAACGCGACUCGGUAGUGGAGAGGGCGGAGGCCUUUGCGGGUCCGGAUCUGGUCGGUGCCCAGCCGAUACCCCCCGAGCACGCCAUGGUUGCGGUCCAGGCGACUUCAAGCACGGCAGGUCGCGGCAGCACGUUGCAUACAUCUCGAAAAGCGAGCGGCUCAGCGCGACGUUCCAUGGAAUCCAAAGCCGCAUCCACGCGUUCAUGA